AUGCAGAAAUUUGUUAAAAUUGAUGUGUCCAAGAUCAACCAGAAAGAAAACAAUGAAACAACCGCCGCAACACCUGGGAAUACCACCGUUGAGGGUACAACCACGAGCCCUUCAACAUCUCAAACCACGCCUGCGGUAACUAAAGGGGAGGAAAAUGCAACAACUUCUUCGACGACGCCAACGACGACCGCAACUGUUCAGCCAGCUAGCACCACCACAGAAAUUGCACCAUUCGAGCAGCCGAAAGAAGGACGUCUCACGAAAAAGGUUCCCUCGGGAUAUUAUUGCAAAUGUGAUCUAAAGAUUAACAUUUGUGAUGUUAACUGCUGUUGCGAUAUCGACUGCAGCGAGGAAAUACUGAGGACUUUUGUAUGCGAUGAGGAACAGUUGGAUAUUGGCGAAUACCAUCAUCAGGAGGGGUUGCAGUCGUGUGAGGUCCAAGGUGGACUGUUUUGUCUCGUUGGCGAAAGGCGGGAUGCAACACGUGAUAUGUUUUACGACACGAACCUCAAAGAGAUUGCUUCCAAGCGCAGAUGGAAUGACAUUUUCCCACUGGAUCUCAACCCGAAGGACAAAGCUGCUGCUUUUUAUCGGGUGAACGACGUCCUGAAAUUUUACAACGAAACUAGUGAAAAAGUUGAACCUUUCACUCUCCCCCAAUCGCUUACCAACUCCGAGUGCCAGAUCAUGCAACCGGUGCGCUUCCUACAAGACCAAAGUACCGAGUGCCUACGUUCCUCCUUGGACGAGUUGGAAGCCUUCACCAGCACACUGAUCGAACAGCAACCGCACCUUAGGUACCUGAGACUGCCCAAAGCGGAAAUCAUGGAACACUGUAUGGACCAGGACUGCUUCAACAGCUCGAUUCAGUUCUGUAACUUGGCGGGUCGCAAUUGCCGAGAAACAAACACAUCCGAGAGCAACGAAGACGAGUUAGAAGGAGAGCCUUGGUACUGUCCCCAAGUUAACUUCGAAUUCCAGCACAACUAUACCCAUUUAGAAGGGCUCAACAUCAGGCUGUUCUGCGGACAAAUGGAACUCGCGGACAAAAUUUGGACUAAGUUGGUUGUAAAGUUUGCCCGUAAAAAUGAGGACAAGUUUGCUCGAAGUGUCAGCGGUAAUCUGGGUUACCUCCAGGGUAAACCGUUGAUCGUAUCUAGUGUUCAAAUUCCGGAGAACGAUACGGCAGAAGACAGACGUACCAAGAAGUAUAUGCUGAGCUACUUCACCAACGGAACUAGACUGCCGGACGACAGUUUUCGCAUGAAGUUGCCCAAAAGUAGGAGAAACAGAUGCGUUACAGAAGAUCGAAGCGCGAUUCUCUUUGGAGAGGACUCAUGGAACAAAUGUAACUUUUCACCGCAAUUGAAUGUAACUGAUGGCUCCAACUUCACAGAAGUUUGCAAAUCACUGCAAACGGGAAUUGAUGAGAUCCUCUUGCAUGGCAUACGCCCCAAGUUACAAGAGAAAAGCUUUGACGAAGUGAACUGGUUCGCGUCCAUGUACGGCAAUCCGGUCAACCGCAGUUCGGAAUGGAUCCAGUUUCGAACGGUAAACGUCUUCAACGAGGAAGUGAGUGGCUCCGGGUCCUCGAACAAGUCGUACUUCACCUGCCACAACAUGGUCAUCAACGUGCGGUAUCAGUUCUUCCAUGGGCUCGCGACGGUGCGGAACGUUCCUAGACAACAUGUGCUGCGCGAGGCGGAAAUUGUGUUCGGACCACGGGUCAAUUUGCAAUUUGCACUGGAGGAGGACAUUCGGGUGCCGGUGUUUGUGCAGGUUCAGUUCUUCGAUUUAACCUCCGGAGGAAUCAACAGCGGGAGUUUGGAAAUUAAGGGGGUGUCCAUUUGGACAAUUUCAACACAGCACCGACUGGUGGUUCCGGUGGAGCUCCAAAGUAGUCCUGCUUCAACGCAGAUUGUUCCAACAAUUCAAGAUGUUGACGAAGCAGCAUACGAAACCGCCGAGGAGAAUUCAGAGACGAAGAUGCAAAUGUCAUCUCUACAGAUACUACCGUUGAUGUGA